AUGUUUGUUUUCAGUCAUAUAAGGGAACAGAUACUACAGAAACGAGAUCCAGUGCUUCGAAGUUAUGUUGAACAACACAAACUUGAUGGAAGGAAUAAAGGAUUACAUUUCUACGAAUGGUUUCUCAGUCUGAUGCUGAAAUAUGCUGAAAAUAACAAUAAGAUAACAUCCAGAAACAAUGUCUCUACAGACUGUGACUUGAGCAUCCCAUAUAUCCUACCUUUUGCAGGUUUGGGCUCUUCUAUGGAGUUCUACUCUGCUCAUGCAAUAUGUCGUUCACAUGAUAUUUCGCAAUGCGAAUUCAAAGAAGAAUCAGAUUUUAUAGAUAGAG